AUGUCUUUGACGGCAUCCGCGGCCACAGCAGUGUGGACCGUACUUGCCGACGGCCCGGAGAACGGAGGCGAACACCGAUGGGAAGAUCAGACUAAACAGCAACGAGAUUUAUACACGCAAUUCGUGAUCAGUUUCGCCUUCGGCCUAGGGGCUUUCUUGUCAUUUUGUAUUUUGCGACCGAAAUGGACCGAACUCUAUGCUGCGCGAAGGAAACAGCGAUCCUCUGCUUCGCGAUUACCGGAAUUGCCGGAUAGCUUCUUCGGAUGGAUUCCUGUGUUACAUCGUAUUACCGACGAGGAGGUUUUGCAGUCGGCUGGUUUGGAUGCAUAUGUGUUGCUAUCCUUCUUUAAGUAUGCGACUCGACUCCUACUUUACGUGUUCGUCUUUGCCGUGGGUAUUAUCCUGCCGGUUCACUACAAAUAUACUGGCCGAUAUGGGUUCCCCGGCUGGGAUGACGAUGAUAAGGAUGUAGUUCCAGACCCUGCCUACUUGUGGAUUUAUGUCGUAUUUCCAUAUGUAUUCAGCGGUUUGGCUAUCUACCUGCUCCUCCAAGAAACAAACCAGAUUAUACACACCCGACAAACCUAUCUUGGAAACCAAACAAGUACAACAGACCGUACGGUUCGUCUUUCGGGAAUACCACCUGAAUUGAAAACCGAAGAAGAUAUCAAAUGUUUCGUGGAGGGGAUACACGUCGGCAAGGUCGAGAGUGUUACUCUUUGUCGCAAAUGGAAGGAACUGGACUCAUUGAUUGAUGAGCGAAUGCGUAUUCUUCGGGGAUUGGAAAGCGCAUGGACGAAACAUAUUGGAUACAAGCGUCCACGAAAUGAUGGGAACACCCUGCCCCUGACCCGCCAACCGCCUGUCGUCUCGAAUCGGCCUCUAGAUGACGAUGAAGAACGGGCCCAGCUGCUGUUAGAGGGCGAACGUUCCCAUGUCUCUGGAUACGCCAACGAACGACCUCGAGUCCGCGUUUGGUACGGUCCGCUUAAGAUGCGAUUUCGAUCGAUUGAUGCGAUUGACUACUACGAAGAGAAGUUGCGCAAGAUCGACGAACAGAUUCAUAGUGCCCGAGAGAAGGAGUACCCUCCCACCGAGAUUGCCUUUGUGACUAUGCAAUCUAUCGCCGCCUCUCAGAUGCUUGUUCAAGCUAUUCUCGACCCUCAUCCCUUGCAAAUGUUUGCUCGACUUGCCCCAGCCCCGGCUGAUAUCAUAUGGAAGAACACCUACGUCUCGCGUUUCCGACGGAUGACACAGUCGUGGCUUAUCACGCUUGUAAUUGGUUUCCUUACUAUAUUCUGGUCUGUUCUUUUGCUACCAGUUGCGACUUUGCUAGACCUGCAGACGUUGCAUAAGAUUGUGCCCUCGCUCGCAGAGCUUCUCUCCGAACACCCCAUCGUGAAGUCUUUGGUUCAGACAGGUCUGCCUACUUUGGCAUUCUCUCUGUUAACCGUGGCAGUCCCGUAUCUCUACGAAUGGCUCUCCAAUAAGCAAGGAAUGAUGUCUCGUGGAGAUGUUGAAUUGUCUAUCAUCUCGAAGAAUUUCUUCUUUUCUUUCUUCAACCUGUUCCUCCUCUUCACCGUCUUUGGAACAGCCAGUGGUUUCUAUGGUCUCUGGGAACACCUCCGUGAUGCCUUCAAGGAUGCCCAAACCGUUGCAUUGGCAUUGGCCAGCUCGUUGGAGGGUCUCUCUCCGUUCUAUAUCAAUCUUUUGAUCCUUCAAAGUCUGGGUCUUUUCCCCUUCCGACUUCUUGAGUUUGGCAGCGUCGCCCUGUACCCCUUACGUUUCCUCGGGGCACGGACACCCCGGGAAUAUGCGGAAUUGUCUACGCCCCCAGAAUUCAGCUAUGGCUUCACCAUCCCGCAGACCAUACUAGUUUUCAUCAUCUGUAUCGUGUACAGCGUGUUCCCCAGUUCCUGGCUCAUUUGCUGCUUCGGGCUAGUGUAUUUCACCAUCGGCAAAUUUAUCUACAAGUACCAGUUGCUUUACGCGAUGGAUCACCAGCAGCACUCCACUGGCCGGGUUUGGCCCAUGAUUUGUAACCGAGUAUACGUCGGUUUAAUCGUGUUUCAGCUGGCCAUGAUCGGUGUGUUGGCCUUGCGCCAGAGUAUCACUCGUCCACUGCUUUUGGUCCCUCUUUUGGGCUUCACCAUGUGGUUCAGCUACUGGUUUUCGCGGACCUAUGAACCCUUGAUGAAGUUCAUCGCUCUCAAGAGCAUUAACCGGGAUCAACCCGGUGGCGGGGAAGUCUCCCCUUCUCCUUCAGCCACAACAUUUUCGCCACCCUCUGGUCUGGAGCGCGACGCACUGCCUAUUCAGAUAGGCAGCCGAGAACUGGAACAUCGGUUGAAGAAGUAUGUCCACCCGAACUUGAUCGUACCGCUGCAUGACGCGUGGAUCCCGGGCCGCAACCCUCAAGGCAACGGUGCAUCUUUGCAUGAGUCCCAAGACUCGUUGAAUCAUCUUUCCGUUUAG